UCAAUGAACGACCAAUGGGAAUAUCGUAACAACUUGCAGUACACUAAAAAUGAGAUAUUUCAAGUUCUUCUACUCAAGAAUAACGUGUGGCUUAGUAUAAGGGAAAUUGAAGACAUUCUGAAACAGAGACCAGAUUUUGGCUCAAUUCAUAUUAAAAUUAGAGAUGCCAUAGAAGAUUCGAUGAACAACGAUAAAAAUAAAGACGAGUACCAAAUUGUUAGUAACAAAUUGUCCAUUAUGAAUACUAAUAAUACUACUGGCAAAUACAGACUGAAAACAGAAAACAUCAAUGACAAAAAAUAGUUGGAAGACUAUUUCCAAGAUAAAAAAUGCAUCUUGUAUGUCAAUCACAUUUGGUUUGAAUCAGUAAUUAAUAAUCAAAAUUAAUUAAUAGUGUUAUCCAUAAAUGAGAUAAGACAUUAUUGCAUUGGAAUCGGAGGCUAAAUUAUUGGUUUCAAAAGGAAGAGACAACAAAAAAACUUAUAUUUACAUUAAUUCCAAUUUUGCUAACUUUUAAGAAAAAGUGCAAUUUAAAAAAGAUAAAAGAAUAAUGUAGAUGAUUGAAGAAGCAAAGAGUAAUAACUAAGAAGCUGUUGCUUCCUUUCAACAUCAACGUUAAAAUUAAAUCAAAGCUUAAGAAACCUUUCGAAGAAACACUGCUAUCUAAAAUUAUUGGAUUGCAGAAUUAUAGUAGGAAUUAUAAAGAAAAUGA